CCAUAAGGCCCCACGGCGCCAGUGUUCUUGUAAGCGCAGCGGCUAGGGAAGGAAGGUCGUGAAGGAGACAGAGGCCCUCAGUCGCGCGCCGACCCGUUCCCGCUCCGGCGCCAUGUUGGGUGCCACUGUCCGCCGCUUCGCUACCUCCGCCAUCCGCAGGUCCCACUAUGAGGACGGGCCGGGAAAGAACAUCCCGUUUUCUGUAGAAAACAAAUGGCGGCUACUAGGAUUAAUGGUAGUGUUCUUCGGAAGUGGGUUUGCCUUGCCUUUCAUUGUAGUAAGGCACCAGCUGCUCAAGAAAUGAAGAGGACAAGCUUUAAUUCCUAUAAAAAGACUUGCGGUGGAAUAUUGCCUGUAGAGCAACUGGUCUUUUCAUGGAACAAAGGACAAAGAGAUCUACCACACUGGAUGUGUUUAUAAAUAAAAGCUUAUCUGAAUA